AUGCUCGUUUCCCUGUGCUGACAUAUUAACUAACAUUGAGGUUAGGAGACACACCAGUUUGACUAUCUCACUGACCACAUAAGGGUAUCACAGUAUAUAUUUUGAAUUAUGUUUUGUUUAUGUUUAUUUAGACAGAUUUGACUGUACAUUUUGAAAGUAGUUUUCUAACUGCUCAGAUAACAUGUUUUUUUAUCUUCAAGCUGUCACGGGCAGAGUCCACGAGAGGAGGGACUCAACGUAUAUCUAAUCUCUGCAUCCUUGAAUUUCUCCUCAUGUGUUUUUAUCUUCCAUGCCCUUUGAUAUCUAUUGUAAUUCUUCAUCUUCAAAUCACUCACUUCCUUUAUGACUGCAUGAACUCAUGGUAGCAACAAUUAAAAAAUUGGCACUGGAGAUCGUUGAUGAAGACAAAAAAAGAAAAAAGAAAGAAAGAGGAAGUGGCACAUUUUUUGGCUCAUGUUGCAGACGGUCUAUGAGUGGCUGUGGUGGGAGCGUUUGUGGCUGCCAGUCAAUGUCUCCUGGUCUGAUCUGGAGGACAGGGAAGGUCGUGUCUAUGCUAAAGCCUCUCAACUUUACGCUGCUGUGCCCUGCGCCCUCUGCCUGCUUCUAGUCAGAUACUUGUUUGAGAGGUACCUGGCUACACCACUGGCUAAUGUUUGGGGAAUCAGGGACAGGGUACGUCUGACAGCAGAACCAAACCCAGUCCUAGAAAACUACUUCUGCAACCAAGCACGGGCUCCAUCACAGGCUGAUGUGACGUCUCUGUGUAAAAAGACGAGCUGGCCAGAAAGGAGAGUUCAAGUCUGGUUCAGGAGGAGGAGGAACCAGGAGCGACCGGGGCUUCGGAAGAGGUUCUGCGAGGCCAGCUGGAGAUGUGUGUUUUAUUUUUUUGCAUUUGUCAGCGGAGUCCUAGCUCUCUAUGAUAAACCUUGGCUUUAUAAUCUGAAGGAGGUUUGGGCAGGCUUCCCUAAACAGUCCAUGCUGCAAUCUCAAUACUGGUAUUACCUCUUGGAGAUGGGCUUCUACCUUUCUCUGCUCCUUAGCCUCACAUUUGAUGUGAAACGGAAAGACUUCAAAGAGCAGGUGAUUCAUCAUAUAGCCACUCUAACUCUUCUGAGUUUCUCCUGGAUUUCAAACUACAUCCGUAUCGGAACCCUUGUGAUGGCAGUUCAUGACUCUGCUGACAUACUCCUCGAGGGUGCAAAGGUAUUCAACUACGCCAAGUGGCACCAGACUGCUAACGCCAUGUUUGUGGUGUUUACAGUUCUCUUUAUGUUGACAAGACUGGUCAUUUUUCCUUUCUGGCUGAUCCACUGCACAUGGGUUUAUCCGCUGGAGCAGUUUGCUCCUUUCUUUGGCUACUACUUCUUCAACCUCAUGCUGUUGAUUCUACAGAUGCUGCACCUAUACUGGGCUGUUCUCAUUUCACGUAUGGUUUACAAGUUUAUCUUCAGCAAGCUGGAGGGCGACGACAGGAGUGAUGAAGAGGAGGAUGACAGUGACUCACCGAAGGAAAGAAACCACAAAUUGAGUCACAGGAAUGGCUCUGGAGCCAGAGGCAGAGCCAGUGGCCACUGACACAAACACACAGACAGAAACAGAGAAAAUAGGAAAUGGAUAGCAGACACAGGGACAGAUUGAGCCUGGAUUGCAGCUGUUAGAACCUAAUAGCAUUUUAAAAACAGACUAAAUACACUUGAGCAGAGUGUAUUGUAUUUAUAGGAACUGUGAAGGAAUACUGUUUAUGUGACUACAUAAACUGACUGGAAACUGCAUGGUUUCUAGAAUCCACUGAUUUAAGAACUUUCAACAAUAUAUUCUCUUAUCUACACACUAUUAAAAAUAGAAGAAGA